AUGAAGUCUGGAAUAUCAAAUUAUCUAUUGCAUCGAGUAAAUGUCACAAUGAAAGACAGUAGACGAAUUGAAGGCACAAUGCUGUCUGUCGAUGCGGAUAUGAAUGUAGUUCUUGAGGAUAGUGAGGAAUUCCGAUGCAUUAAGAAACAGCCAGAGUCACAAAGGCGAACUCUAGGACUGGUGGUGUUAAGAGGAGAGUUUAUAGUCGAUGUGCAGAUCAUAAGCAAACCUCCAAUUCAAAGCACAUAG